AUGGGAAAUGCAGCCGCGCUCCAGGAUGUGUCGCGGGUGCUUGACACGUCUUUGGCAUCGCUGGGGGUGCUCACCCGUAUCGUCACCGAUCCACAGCAGGCCGCCCGCCUCGGGGAGCUCAUCUCCAAGCAUGACUUUCCGGUGCUCCUCCGGGCGCUGACGUCCCGGGGCGAGCGCUUGCCGCCGGAUUUUUUCCCGACCUGGAUCCGGAAAGCCGGGGGCUACUUCCCCAAGUUUGCCCAGGUUCUGUCUGUGCGCGCAGAUCUGAUUGAUGACCCUGAGGUUCUCGCUGGGUUGAGCCGGUGUCUGGAAGAUAUGCCGAAGAGGCCUCAUGCUGACGUGAUCACGAUCCUGGAGCAGGCCGGCUGGCACGAUGCCUCUUCAAAUCUGGGUCGGGCUCUGAACGCGGGCACGGUCGCGCAAGUGAACGAGAUGAGCUUUUAUGGCCCCGCGGUCCUCAAGGUCACCUUUCCAGACGUCCACCGGCGCUUCGUCACGGACUUCCGCCUCUUUUCCCAUGCCCGCGCCAUUCUCCAAGCCUUGAACUUGCGGGAUGACAAGGCCCAGAUCGUCGGCGCAAUGUUCGAGGCGGUGGGGAAGAGCGAGCGCCACGUCUUGCAGGAGUUCGACCUUUCAUGCGAAGCCCGUGCUCUCUGGAUGGCACAGGAGCUCCUUGCGGAGUGGCCUGCGGCCUACGAAGCCUGGAAGUCUGGCAUGGCUGGAGUGAUUUCGCAUGCGGCUGCGGCUCUUCCGCCGCACAUACUGCCCUUGCUGCAGGUAGCCCAAGCGCAGUCCCGGACGUGGCGGAUUGGCGUUCCCGCACCGGUGGCAGAUCGCGUGGCCCCCUCUGCGUUGAUCAUGACGCUGGCCGGAGGCCAGCGUAACCCCCGGAGGUUUAGGGUUUAG